GGAAGGGGAUUGGAAUGAACGGCCUUGUCAGCCAUCCAAUCAGCAUAUGACACGUGGACAAUCACAAUAUCAAAACCACGCCGUGGAAUUUCAAACCGGAAAGAUAAAGAUCCAGUUGCUUCGAUUAGGAUCGCUGCAGGAAAGAGCGUCAAUGGCUUAUGUCGAAGGAGGCGUGGUUAAAUCCAAGCGGUCUAUAUGGAGACUUCGAACAAUCACAGAUUUCUUCUGGUCCGUUAUCAAUCUUGUACAAGUCUUCUUCAUAACCAUGUUCUCGAUGGAAAAAUCGGAUGCCUACAGAAAAGGCUCUGGCUCUAGCAAGAAGUGGGAUGGUGGAAGUGGACCCGGUGGUGGUGGUGGAGGACCAUAUGGUGGCGGUCGUGGGCCACCUCGUGGUGGUCUCGACAAUGUCCGUGGCCUGAGGGAUGUCAAUGGAUCCGACCACGGUUCUCUCCCGGCGUGUGGCUCUUGCUGCGGCUAAACGGACGGUCGUCAAUUGCGUGAAAUGUGCGAGAUGUGAAUAUACUGGGGAAAUCUUUAUGUUCGAAACUUGAGACAUUGCAUAGGAAACGAAAAUAAUCGGUCGGUUCGUGUUGUAAUUUCACGUUUUUGUCAAGGACUCGCUCGAACGUAUCUCAAUGCAUUCACAAAUUAGAUUA